AUGGUAACACCAGGAUCAGCAACCGCAAGUGAGAUGUCUCGACUGGUGGAGAACCUCAACCUGCAACGCGCCCUGCUACACCAUAUCUCAAAUAUACCCGCUGUGAACAUUCUGGACAAAACAAAGGUGCAGUCGAUCCAAAGGGAAGAGCGUGAGGGAAACGGAUGGCCCUUGGUCUACCUUUCCGAUGGUCGUGUCUUGCGCGCAAGGCUACUAGUUGGCGCAGAUGGAUUCAACUCUCCAGUUCGCUCAUUCGCCGGGAUACAGUCAUACGGAUGGGCGUACGACACACAGGCCAUCGUCGCGACGAUGAACCAUCACCCACGAACUGCGUUUGAACCUCCAAACAAUGUUGCAUACCAGCGCUUCCUCCCAACGGGUCCCAUCGCGUUCCUACCGCUCUCGUCUACAGCUUCCUCGCUCGUGUGGUCGACCAAGCCCGAUCUCGCCAAGGCGUUGCAAGCGUCCGACCCGGCCGUCUUGACGAGUAUGAUCAACGCUGCUUUCCGCCUACCUGAAGUGUCGUUGCGGUACCUGCAUAGCCGCAUGCUGGAGGCACAUACCGCGGGCCAUGCGCUCUCACCAGACGAGCUGAACAAGGAGAUUACGUGGCGGGAGCAGUCACAUAAUGUCGAUCCCCGUUCUGCGUAUUCCGUUACCGCGCUGUCGAGAUCAGCUCCCGGCGGCAUCCCACCAGAAGGGGCAGAUCUACUUCCCCCCUUUGUGACCAACAUUCAAGACGGUACCGUCGCCUCCUUCCCGCUCCGCAUGAGCCAUGCGGACGCGUACAUCGGAGAGGGCCGGGGAGCGCGUACCGUGCUUGUUGGUGAUGCGGCGCAUACAAUUCACCCACUGGCUGGACAAGGGCUUAACCUGGGCCUCGGCGACGCUGAGUCUCUGGCACGCUGCAUACAGUCUGCGGUGCAAAACGGCGGUGAUGUCGGUUCUUACACUGCCCUUGGCCCGUACGCGCGCGACCGGUACUUCGAGAACCACAAAAUGCUCUCCGCUGUCGACAAAUUACACAAGCUCUAUUCGUCUACGGCGGAACCCGUCGUUUGGGCACGCUCCGUUGGCUUGGAGGUUCUGAACGAGCUGGACACCAUCAAGAUAGCGUUCAUGAUGUCAGCCGGAAGCACCUGUCGCACGGACCCGGCAUCUAUUGGUUGGAACGUUGCAGCGAGUGGUCUCGAGACGGUUGCUAGAGGCGUCAGUGGGGCAAAGAAUGUAGGCGUCAGUGGGGCAAAGAAUGUAGGCGAAACUAUCGCAGGCCUUGCUAACGCGUCGGUCCGGGGACUGCUGAAACAAUUGUCAAAUACUGGUAGGCCGUAG